CUCAUCUGAGAUUACAAAUUCUAAACCAUCACGCUAUCCGAUCUCUCUAGUUUCGAAACGGCGAAGAGACCACUAAUCACCUAGUCACUUUUAUCAAGCUCACAGAUUCUGUAUAGCACAGCGUGUUCAUCUCAUCGAUGAACUCAUCUAAACAAGGGUUUGUCUCUAAAGUACUUACUUAUUUCGAUGCCGGACCAUCUUCGAACGACGAAUGCUUGUAGCACAAUUCAUUCUCGUAUUUUGCAUCCCACUGCAAAGUUGAACUCACUCUUACCCCAACCACGCAAACUCCAUGACUGCCGCCAGAACCUCUGAGCAUUCAACGCAACAAGCCAAACGAACGAGUAUUGCAGUCCGACAGUAUCGCCCCGAAGAUCAUGCCACCGUCACAAAGAUUUUCGUCGAGGGUUUGAUGGCGUUCGACGACAAUUCGGACUUCCGCUACUUGUGGGAGGAGCGUCUGCGCAAGGAUUUAACACACGACUUUGCGGAUAUCGAAGCCAGUCAUAUGGCUCUGGGUGGCAACUUCUGGGUGGCGACAGCGACACAGGACGAAUCAACCAAGAUCGUCGGGAUCAUCGGGUUGCAACGCAGAUCUGAGAACGUGGGCGACGUUCGCCGUUUAUUUGUCGACUCGAAUUGUCAACGCAUGGGAGUUGGAAGGAAGCUCAUGGCUGAACUUGAAAGCUGGGCUAAGCAGACUAGGAUCAAAAGCUUGUUCUUAACGACGAAUCCCAAGAGGAAGCAGGCUUUGGCGUUUUACUCCGCUCUCGGUUACACGAAGGUUGACGAACUCGUGCGCUUCUGGGAAAAUCCUCAGUAUUUCGAAGUCGACAAGUUUGUGAAGCAACUGUAGCUUUCAGUAUGUAGAACGUCUCGAACUGCUAUUGUAUAGGCAUUCGAAACACCGCCAUCUACAGAGCAAGAGCUAUGCCAACACAAUACUUGAGUUUUUAACGUUGAGUUCAUAGUGAAACUAACCAAAAACGGUGAGUUCUCUAAAUGUAAAAACGACUAUUUGCAUGG